UUACUCAGACUUGUGGCAUCAGAUUUGAGGAGGUUUCACGCACAGAGGAGGACAAACUGGAGUGAUAACUGAAGCAGAAUCUGAUCUGAACGCAGUGAUGAAGUUCCUGACGGUUCCCGUGAGCUCGCGCUGGACGCUGCUGCUGGUGAGCGCGUGCCUGACGCUGACGGCGCGCGCGGACUGUGGCACCGACUGCGCGUUCUGCGCGACGCGACUGCCGCUUCAACACACAGACAUAAACUCAAUUGAGUGCGUGUUGGCGUGUGAGGAGCGUCUGAACGCGGCCAGCUCCUGGAGUUUGUGCAAACGCUUCAUGCAGAAUGCUGAUAGCACACCCGAUGGAGAAACACAAGAGCUGGACGACCAACAGCAUCAGGUCGACAAGAAGUACGGGGGCUUCAUGAAGCGUUACGGAGGUUUCAUGAAGCGCUACGGCGGGUUUAUGAAGCGUUACGGAGGAUUCAUGAAGAAGACUGCUGAGCUCUAUGAACUGGAGCCAGAAGAUGACCAGGAGAGAGGGGUCCUGACCAAUCACGAUGUUGAAAUGCUGACCAAUCAGGUCGAGGCUGAUGGUGAGAGGGAGGCGGCUUUGGGAGACGAUUCAAAGGGAGGAGGCGAGGGCACCAGGGGUAUGGCCAAACGUUACGGGGGUUUUAUGAAAAAAGGAGGGUUUUAUGAGCCGGAGAGUGAGGAGAAGCCUCUUGAGAAACGUUACGGUGGGUUCAUGAGGCGGGUGGGCCGACCCGAGUGGUGGCAGGAGACCAAACGCUAUGGAGGCUUCUUAAAACGCUCCCCAGAGGAGGAUGAGGAUGACGAUUCGUUAGAAAUUGAGAAGAGGUAUGGAGGAUUCAUGGGAUAUUAAAUUGCUUUUAUUUCCCAUCGAGCCCCUGUGAGCCGGCAGAGACAGAGAAACAUCAUGUGUAAAACAGUUUUCAUUUUGUCUUUAUAGUGCAAUGUGAUGUAGUGUGAAUAAGAAUUCCUUUAAGCCUAAGGAUAUGCCGUCUUUACGUUGACAUCUGAAUUCACAUACAUGUACGAGCUGUGUAGCAGAUUUGAAUAAACACGUUUGAAUUAAAUAGAUAA